AUCCUGCACCUGGACAAUACUGUGGUGGACCUGGAGACUCUACAAGCCCUCUACGAAAACGUAAGGCUCUCAUCUCUCAUCCCUGAGUCGAAAGGAAGGCGUGUCUUGGGCCAGGAUUCAAACACGUGCAAAUAAAUGAGCAUCACACUGCGUGGCUAAUCUGUGUUGGUUUGAAUCCUGGCCUUUAGUCUUAUGGUUGGCUGUCAAUGUAACGUAUCCAGUCUAUGAUGGACUCCCCUUAGUUCAGCCCCCAGUGCCUGGCAUGUCACUAUGGACCUCAAUCACCAACCGUUCAGUAAGGAACAGAAGAGCUUAUGUGAAGUCCUUGUAAGAAAUAAUUUAUUUACAGUAUCGCUUUGUUCAGGCCUUGGUAUAGCAAUCUGUUCUAGUUUCUUCAGGCCUUGUUUUAGCAAUGUGUUCUGGUUUCUUCAGGCCUUGUUUUAACAAUGUGUUCUGGUUUCUUCAGGCCUUGUUAUGACAAUGUGUUGGCUGUUGCUUCAUGACAAACGGUGAGAUGGUGUGAUUAUCACUGCUGGUUCUUGGACCGUCAUCAACAUUCUGACAAACUGAGGCUGUUCGUCAAGGCUGAGAUGGUCAGCUUUUCCCAGUGACACAAUUUGAUCUAGUGAUCCAUAUUCUCCAUCAAAACACAAACCUUCAGAAGGCACGUACUCCACCAGUAGAACAUAUUGACUCUUACAGUUCAACAGAGAGAGACUGACAGUAUCUCUGAACCUAAUAACCAUGUGACCUCAGUCAGAAGUCUCCUAGUAUCUCUGAACCUAAUAACCAUGUGACCUCAGUCAGAAGUCUCCUAGUAUCUCUGAACCUUAUAACCAUGUGACCUCAGUCAGAAGUCUCCUAGUAUCUCUGAACCUUAUAACCAUGUGACCUCAGUCAGAAGUCUCCUAGUAUCUCUGAACCUUAUAACCAUGUGACCUCAGUCAGAAGUCUCCUAGUAUCUCUGAACCAUGUGACCUCAGUCAGAAGUCUCCUAGUAUCUCUGAACCUUAUAACCAUGUGACCUCAGUCAGAAGUCUCCUAGUAUCUCUGAACCUUAUAACCAUGUGACCUCAGUCAGAAGUCUCCUAGUAUCUCUGAACCUUAUAACCAUGUGACCUCAGUCAGAAGUCUCCUAGUAUCUCUGAACCAUGUGACCUCAGUCAGAAGUCUCCUAGUAUCUCUGAACCAUGUGACCUCAGUCAGAAGUCUCCUAGUAUCUCUGAACCUAAUAACCAUGUGACCUCAGUCAGAAGUCUCCUAGUAUCUCUGAACCUUAUAACCAUGUGACCUCAGUCAGAAGUCUCCUAGUAUCUCUGAACCAUGUGACCUCAGUCAGAAGUCUCCUAGUAUCUCUGAACCAUGUGACCUCAGUCAGAAGUCUCCUAGUAUCUCUGAACCAUGUGACCUCAGUCAGAAGUCUCCUAGUAUCUCUGAACCAUGUGACCUCAGUCAGAAAUCUCCUAGUAUCUCUGAACCUUAUAACCAUGUGACCUCAGUCAGAAGUCUCCUAGUAUCUCUGAACCUAAUAACUAUGUGACCUCAGUCAGAAGUCUCCUAGUAUCUCUGAACCUUAUAACCAUGUGACCUCAGUCAGAAGUCUCCUAGUAUCUCUGAACCUUAUAACCAUGUGACCUCAGUCAGAAGUCUCCUAGUAUCUCUGAACCUAAUAACCAUGUGACCUCAGUCAGAAGUCUCCUAGUAUCUCUGAACCUAAUAACCAUGUGACCUCAGUCAGAAGUCUCCUAGUAUCUCUGAACCUUAUAACCAUGUGACCUCAGUCAGAAGUCUCCUAGUAUCUCUGAACCUUAUAACCAUGUGACCUCAGUCAGAAGUCUCCUAGGAUCUCUGAACCUUAUAACCAUGUGACCUCAGUCAGAAGUCUCCUAGUAUCUCUGAACCUAAUAACCAUGUGACCUCAGUCAGAAGUCUCCUAGUAUCUCUGAACCUUAUAACCAUGUGACCUCAGUCAGAAGUCUCCUAGUAUCUCUGAACCUUAUAACCAUGUGACCUCAGUCAGAAGUCUCCUAGUAUCUCUGAACCUUAUAACCAUGUGACCUCAGUCAGAAGUCUCCUAGUAUCUCUGAACCUUAUAACCAUGUGACCUCAGUCAGAAGUCUCCUAGUAUCUCUGAACCUUAUAACCAUGUGACCUCAGUCAGAAGUCUCCUAGUAUCUCUGAACCUAAUAACCAUGUGACCUCAGUCAGAAGUCUCCUAGUAUCUCUGAACCUUAUAACCAUGUGACCUCAGUCAGAAGUCUCCUAGUAUCUCUGAACCUUAUAACCAUGUGACCUCAGUCAGAAGUCUCCUAGUAUCUCUGAACCAUGUGACCUCAGUCAGAAGUCUCCUAGUAUCUCUGAACCUAAUAACCAUGUGACCUCAGUCAGAAGUCUCCUAGUAUCUCUGAACCAUGUGACCUCAGUCAGAAGUCUCCUAGUAUCUCUGAACCUAAUAACCAUGUGACCUCAGUCAGUCUCCUAGUAUCUCUGAACCUUAUAACCAUGUGACCUCAGUCAGAAGUCUCCUAGUAUCUCUGAACCUUAUAACCAUGUGACCUCAGUCAGAAGUCUCCUAGUAUCUCUGACCCUAAUAACCAUGUGACCUCAGUCAGAAGUCUCCUAGUAUCUCUGAACCAUGUGACUUCAGUCAGAAGUCUCCUAGUAUCUCUGAACCAUGUGACCUCAGUCAGAAGUCUCCUAGUAUCUCUGAACCUAAUAACCAUGUGACCUCAGUCAGAAGUCUCCUAGUAUCUCUGAACCAUGUGACCUCAGUCAGAAGUCUCCUAGUAUCUCUGAACCUUAUAACCAUGUGACCUCAGCCAGAAGUCUCCUAGGAUCUCUGAUGUUAUUAAUAAACUAUGACAUCAGUCAGAAGUCUCCUAGUAUCUCUGAACCAUGUGACCUCAGUCAGAAGUCAAACAGAAAACAGAAACAAAUGUUUCUCAACAGAUACGAAAUGGGAUUUAAAACCUACUUAAGAAUCUAUUGAAUCAUUUAGUAGUCUUUAUUUAAUCUGUACUAAUCAAUGUUCUUCAGACGCAGUGUAUGUGUCCCCCAAAUGGCACCCUGGCCGGUUUCCUACAAAGUGCACUACUUUCGCCUCCGGGCUCCGGGUCAAAAGUAGUGCACUAUAUAGGAAAUAGGAUGUCAUUUGGGACCAAUGUAUCUCAUUCCUUUCUUAUAACAUGUGCUGCUUGGAACCAAUUACAGUAUCUGGACUACAAAUAUCUAAGUCUGGUUCUACUUCAAACACAUUCAUAUGGAAACCACAGACAGGCCUGCAGGAAUGUUUUCUGUUUACUGUGGAGGGAAUGAGUAAAAACACUGCUCUCGUUUUGCCUUCUUGAAGUGAAGUGCACAGGGUUGAUUUGUUGAUAGGGUGCCAUUUGACAGACACCCUAAACAGUCUAUACCUGAUUUAAAUGGUCUAUAUCUGAUUAAACGGACUAUACGUGGUUGAACAGUCUGUACCUGAUACUGAUUACUGGGAUGUCAUAGUUUAUUAAUAACAUCUUAAGUAUCGUACCCUUUUCUUUCCAUUUUCGCCUAAAAUGACAUACCCAAAUCUAACUGCCUGUAGCUCAGGACCUGAAGCAAGGAUAUGCAUAUUCUUGAUACCAUUUGAAAGGAAACACUUUGAAGUUUGUGGAAAUUUGAAUGUAGGAGAAUAUAAUACAUUAGAUCUGGUAAAAGAACAUUAAAAAAAACAUGAGUUUUCUAUUUUUGUUGUUGAAUUAUCUUUGAAAUGCAAGAGAAAGGCCAGACAGUGAUGUAGGAAUAUAGGUGUAAUUUAGAUUUUGUCCACAAGAUGGCAGCAUUGUGUGUGCAAAGUUUCAGACUGAUCCAGGGAAGGAUUACGUCACUACACAAUAUUUUGUAUCAAGUCUGCCAGGAGUUUUCUCAAAUGUUCCUAAUUGGUCAAUUUAUACAGUUACAAGUACAUAACUAAUAGAGAACAUACAAAAAUGCUAUGUUAAUAAACAAUUUAAGUUUACACACUCCCAGGAAUUUAUUUUUAUUUUUUAUUUAACCUUUAUUUAACUAGGCAAGUCAGUUAAGAACAAAUUCUUAUUUACAAUGACGGCCUACACCGGCCAAACCCGGACGACGCUGGGCCAAUUGUGCGCCGCCCUAUGGGACUCCCAAUCACGGCCGGUUGUGAUACAGCCUGGAAUCGAACCAGGGGGUCUGUAGUGACGCCUCAAGCACUGAGAUGCAGUGCCUUAGACCGCUGCACCACUCGGUCUGUAGUGACGCCUCAAGCACUGAGAUGCAGUGCCUUAGACCGCUGCGCCACUCGGUCUGUAGUGACGCCUCAAGCACUGAGAUGCAGUGCCUUAGACCGCUGCGCCACUCGGUCUGUAGUGACGCCUCAAGCAUUGAGAUGCAGUGCCUUAGACCGCUGCGCCACUCGGUCUGUAGUGACGCCUCAAGCACUGAGAUGCAGUGCCUUAGACCGCUGCGACACUCGGUCUGUAGUGACGCCUCAAGCACUGAGAUGCAGUGCCUUAGACCGCUGCGCCACUCGGUCUGUAGUGACGCCUCAAGCACUGAGAUGCAGUGCCUUAGACCGCUGCGCCACUCGGUCUGUAGUGACGCCUCAAGCACUGAGAUGCAGUGCCUUAGACCGCUGCGCCACUCGGGAGCUCAAUGGAAUGUCAUACAUGAUGGAUCAUUAGCUUCCCUACAGAAAAUACACUAACCUUAACACAUCUAAGGGGGGUGGAGCCAGAGACCGCAGGGGGGUCAAACUGUAGAACCCAGUUCCUACAUUUGAGGAUGUUUUACUCACGUCGGCCACGGAGAACGAGAGCCCACAGUACUCGGGAGCGGGACGUGUCGUUGGCACUUUGUUGUCGCAAAGGCGGGCGACGAAGGUGUUUAGCUUGUCCGGCAGCAAGACGUCGGUGUCCACGACUGGUUUUCCCUUUGCAAUCCGUGAUUGUCUGGAGUCCCUGUCACAAGUCUCGUGUGAGCCGUUGAAUUGCGACUCCACUUUGUCUCUGUACUGACAUUUGCCUGUUUGAUUUCCUUACGGAGGGCAUAACUGCACUGUUUGUAUUCGACCAUAUUCCCAGUCACCUUGCCGUGGUUAAAUGCGGUUGUUCAUGCUUUCAGUUUUGCGCGAAUGCUGCCAUCUACCCACGUUUUUUGGUUUGGGUAGGUUUUAAUAGUCAUGGUGGGAACAACAUCCCCUAUACACUUCCUGAUGAACUCAGUCACUGUGUCAAUGUUAUUCUCUGAGGCAACCCGGAACAUAUCCCAGUCCACGUGAUCAAAACAAUCUUGAAGCAUGGAUUCCGAUAUGUCAGACCAGCAUUGAAUAGACCUUUGCAUGGAUACUUCCUGUUUGAGUUUCUGCCUAUAGGAAGGGAGGAGCAGAAUGGAGUCGUGAUCUGAUUUGACGAAGAGAGGGCCUUGUAGCCAUCCCGGAAGGGAGAGUAACUGGUCGAAAUGCACUGCUCGACGAGGGAUCUUAGAGUUAAUUGUAUGUGUGGGGUACAGAGAUGAGGUAGUCGUUCAAAAAUCAUGUUAACACUAUUAUUGCACACAGUGAGUCCAUGCAACUUAUUAUGUGACUUGUUAAGCACAUUUGUACUCCUGAACUUAUUUAGGCUUGCCAUAACAAAGGGGUUAAAUACUUAUUGACUCGACAUUUCAGCUUUUCAUUUUUAAUUAAUUUGUAAACAUUUCAAAAAACAUAAUUCGACCUUGACAUUAUGGGGUAUUGUGUGUAGGCCAGUGCCAAAAAAUGUCAAUUUAAUACAUUUUUAAUUCAGGCUGUAACACAACAAAAUGUGGAAGAAGAGAGACCCUGUCUCCCAGAGCCACAGAGAGAGACCCCGUCUCCCAGAGCCACAGAGAGAGACCCUGUCUCCCGGAGCCACAGAGAGAGACCCUGUCUCCCAGAGCCACAGAGAGAGACCCUGUCUCCCAGAGCCACAGAGAGAGGCCCUGUCUCCCGGAGCCACAGAGAGAGACCCUGUCUCCCGGAGCCACAGAGAGAGACCCUGUCUCCCAGAGCCACAGAGAGAGACCCUGUCUCCCAGAGCCACAGAGAGAGACCCUGUCUCCCGGAGCCACAGAGAGAGACCCUGUCUCCCGGAGCCACAGAGAGAGACCCUGUCUCCCGGAGCCACAGAGAGAGACCCUGUCUCCCGGAGCCACAGAGAGAGACCCUGUCUCCCGGAGCCACAGAGAGAGACCCUGUCUCCCGGAGCCACAGAGAGAGACCCUGUCUCCCGGAGCCACAGAGAGAGACCCUGUCUCCCGGAGCCACAGAGAGAGACCCUGUCUCCCGGAGCCACAGAGAGAGACCCUGUCUCCCGGAGCCACAGAGAGAGACCCUGUCUCCCGGAGCCACAGAGAGAGACCCUGUCUCCCAGAGCCACAGAGAGAGACCCUGUCUCCCAGAGCCACAGAGAGAGACCCUGUCUCCCAGAGCCACAGAGAGAGACCCUGUCUCCCAGAGCCACAGAGAGAGACCCUGUCUCCCAGAGCCACAGAGAGAGACCCCGUCUCCCAGAGCCACAGAGAGACCCCGUCUCCCGGAGCCACAGAGAGAGACCCCGUCUCCCGGAGCCACAGAGAGAGACCCUGUCUCCCAGAGCCACAGAGAGAGACCGACUGCGUUCCACCCCACUUUUGACCAGGGCCUAUUGGGCUACGGUCAGAAGUUGUGCACUAUAUAGGGUAUAAUUUGGGACUCAGCCUAUGAUUAGGUCUAGCUCGGAGAGCCACAGAGACCCUGUCUAGCAUGAAGACAUUUUAAAAGGGCAAUCUGUGAUUGAUACAUCUAUUUUGUUAAACAUUUAAAUUGAUAAGUAGCCAUUGAUUCUUGAAUAAAUAUAUCAUUUGAUAUCAUGGAUGAUCAGUCCUUAGCAUCCGUAGCACUGUCUAUGAAUUUGAGAGGUUUCUUUUCUCAGCCUCCCAUCUCUAAGCUGUUAACCAAAAAAGUGGAGUGGCAGCUUGGCUUUUUUUGUUUGAAUUCCAGAUUGUCCCGCUAACCAGCGACCCUCAAUAUCAUAUAGAUGGUGGAAACGUCCAAUAGCAUAUGUUCCAACACAUUGUGUCAGUCAGUCAGUCAGGGUCAGGGGGCCCCUCUCUCUCUCUCUCCCUGCCUGCCGAUGCCCCAGGCUCCGUUUCAAGACGGACUUUGUUUUCCUAGAUUUAGUUUUGGCUCGUUACGUAGGUGUAGGCCUCCAUCCUGUCGCCUUGUCCACAGUGCUACAGACAGAGUGCACUAGUCAGCCCAGUCUCUUCCCUGAGGCCCAAAUGGCACCCAAUGCCCUAAAUAGUCCACUAUGGGCCCUGUUCAAAAGUAGUGCACUAUAUUAAGAGUAGGGUGCCGUUUGAGCCUCCAGACCCAGUAUCCCUCCAGUCUGUCUUCUUCCCAUGAGGUGAUUCUGUUCUGCUGUGGGGUGGUGGGGGCAUUGGCGCCUCAGCCACUCUCUGGCCACUCCAACAUGGCACCAACACAACGACCAUGAGAACGACACCAACCUACUAGUAGUUCAAGUCUGGGAGAGGGAGGCUCAAUCCCAACCUACUAGUAGUUCAAGUCUAGGAGAGGGAGGCUCAAUCCCAACCUACUAGUAGUUCAAGUCUGGGAGAGGGAGGCUCAAUCCCAACCUACUAGUAGUUCAAGUCUGGGAGAGGGAGGCUCAAUCCCAACCUACUAGUAGUUCAAGUCUGGGAGAGGGAGGCUCAAUCCCAACCUACUAGUAGUUCAAGUCUGGGAGAGGGAGGCUCAAUCCCAACCUACUAGUAGUUCAAGUCUGGGAGAGGGAGGCUCAAUCCCAACCUACUAGUAGUUCAAGUCUGGGAGAGGGAGGCUCAAUCCCAUCCUACUAGUAGUUCAAGUCUGGGAGAGGGAGGCUCAAUCCAAACCUACUAGUAGUUCAAGUCUGGGAGAGGGAGGCUCAAUCCCAACCUACUAGUAGUUCAAGUCUGGGAGAGGGAGGCUCAAUCCCUUCCUACUAGUAGUUCAAGUCUGGGAGAGGGAGGCUCAAUCUCAUUCUACUAGUAGAGGGAUGUGGAGUAGUAAUGUAGCCAUCCUCUGGCUGUGGUUCAAUGUGAAGUGGUAAUGUAGCCAUCCUCUGGCUGUGGUUCAAUGUGAAGUGGUAAUGUAGCCAUCCUCUGGCUGUGGUUCAAUGUGGAGUGGUAAUGUAGCAAGACUUUCAUAUCACAAAUGCUUGUGUUUCUAGCGCCAACAGUGCAGUAAUACCUAGCAAUAACAAAUAAAUAUAAAUAAAGAACACAUAAUCGAGAAAAAUAAAAUUAUACGUUAUAUAGGAUGAGCUAGAAUACAGUUUAUACAUAAAGUGGGUGAAACAGUAUGUAAACAUCAUUAAAGUGACCAGUGAUUCCAUGUACCUAUUGUACAUAGGGCAGCAGUCUCUAAGGUGCAGGGUUGAGUAACCGGGUGGUAGCCGGCUACUAACAGUGACUAAAGUUCAGAGCAGGGUACUGGGCUGAGACCGGCUAGUGUUGUCUGUUUAACAGUCUGAUGGCCUUGAGAUAGAAGUGACAUCUGGUGCUGUAGAUGUCCUGGAGGACAGGCAGUGUGCCCCUGGUGAUGCGUUGGGCUGACCGCACCACCCUCUGGACAGCCAUGCGGUUGCGGAUGGUGCAAUUGCCGUACCAGGCGGUGAUACAGCCCGACAGGAUGCUCUCAAUGGUGCAUCUGUAGAAGUUUGUGAGGAUCUUCGGGGCCAGCCUCCUAUGGCUUCAGCCUCCACCACGCCAUCUGUGUGAAGGGACCAUUUCAGGUUGUCAACGAUGUGCUGCCGAGGAACUUGAAGCUUUUGACCCCAUCCGCUGCGGCCCCGUCGACGUGGAUGGCGGCGUGCUCUCUCUGCUGUCUCCUGUAGUCCACGGUCAGCUCCUUCGUUUUGUUGACGGAGAGGUUAUUUUCCUAGAACCACUCCGCCAGGUCUCUCGCCCGUCUCCAUCGUUGUUGGUAAUCAGGCCUGCCACUGUUGUGUCGUGUUGAGGUGGUGUUGUCUACCUUCACCUCCUGGGGGCAGCCUGUCAGGAUUCACUCCCAGGGCCCUGAGCUUAGUGACGAUGUUGGAGGGCACUAUGGUGUUAUAAUAAUAUUAAUAAUAAUAAUAUGCCAUUUAGCAGACGCUUUUUUCCAAAGCGACUUACAGUCAUGCGUGCAUACAUUUUUACGUAUGGGUGGUCCCGGGGAUCGAACCCACUACCUUGGCGUUACAAGCGCCGUGCUCUACCAGCUGAGCUACAGAGGACCAGCUGUAGUCGAUGAACAGCAUUAUUACGUGGGUAUUCCUCUUGUCCAGAUGGGAUAGGGCAGUGUGCAGUGCGACGGCGAUUGCGUCAUCCGUGGAUCUGUUUUGGGUGGUAUGCAAAUUGUAGUGGGGAUAAGGUGGAGGUGAUAUGGCCCUUAACUAGCCUCUCAAAGCACUUCAUGAUGACGGAAGUGAGUGCUACAGGGCGAUAAUCCUUUAGUUACCUUUUGCUUUUUUGGGGGUACAGGAACAAUGGUGGACAAUACUGUAUUGAAGCAAGUGGGGACAGCAGACGAUGUCCGUAAACACUCCAGCCAGCUGGUCUGCACAUGCUCUCAGGACACUGCUUGGGAAGCCGUCUGGGCCGGCCGGCAGCCUUGGGAGGGUUAACGCCUUAAAUGACUUCAUAACAUCGGCUACGGAGAACGAGAGCCCACAGGUUGACAACAGCAGUUUGACAUGUAACAGUCCCAUUUAUUUCAGUUGUCAUUUUGUGCCAGUUCUUGGGGAUUUAUGACUAACCAGUGGAAGCAUUGUAGAACAAUUUAAAACCACUGUUCUGAACUACACUGAAGAAAAAUAUCAACGCAACAUUCGGUCCCAUGUUUCAUGAGCUGAAAUAAAAGAUACCAGAAAUUAAACAGCAUGAUCAUUACAUAGGUGCACCUUGUGCUGGGGACAAUAAAAGGCCGCUCUAAAAUGUGCAGUUUUGUCACACUAUACAAUGCCACAGAUGUCUCAAGUUUUGAGGGAGCAUGCAAUUGGCGUGCUGACUGCAGGAAUGUCCGCCAGAGCUGUUGCCAGAGAAUUUAAAGUUCAUUUCCCUACCGUAAGCUGCCUCCAACAUCGCUUUAGAGAAUUUGGCAGUAUGUCCAACCUGCCUCACAACCGCAGACUAUGUGUAACCACGCCUGCCCAGGACCUCCACAUUUGAAUGCACAGAGAUACCGUGACGAGAUCCUGAGGCCAGUUGUCGUGCCAUUCAUCCGCCGCCAUCACCUGAUGUUUCAUCAUGAUAAUGCACGGCCCCAUGUCGCAAGGAUCUGUACACAAUUCCUGGAAGCUGAAAAUGUCCCAGUUCUUCCAUUGCCUGCAUUCUCACCAGACAUGUCACCCAUUGAGCAUGUUUGGGAUGCUCUGGAUCGACGUGUACGACAAUGUGUUCCAGUUCCUCCCAAUAUCCAGUGACUUCGCACAGCCAUUGAAGAGGAGUGUGACAUUCCACAGGCCAUAAUCAACAGCCUGAUCAACUCUAUGCGAAGGAGAUGUGUAGCGCUGCAUGAGAAAAAUGGUGGUCACACCAGAUACUGACUGGUUUUCUGAUCCACGUCCCUAACUUUUUUUUUAAAGGUAUCUGUGACCAACAGAUGCAUAUCUGUAUUCCCAGUCAUGUGAAAUCCAUAGAUUAGGGCGUAACAUUUUUUUUUCAAUUGACUGGUUUCCUUAUGUACUGUAACUCAGUAAAAUCUUAGAAAUUGUUGCAUGUUGCAUUUUUUAUUUUUUGUUCUGUGUAUACCAAACGUUUUAGGGUCCUUCCAUAGCUCGGCUACAUACAGUGCCUUCGGAAAGUUUUCAGACCCCUUGACUUUUUCCACAAAAAAAAAUGUUUUAUUAUCCUCAGCAAUCUACACACUACACACACUACCCAAUAAGGAAGAAGCAAAAAAAGGUUUUUAGAAAUUGUUGCAAAUGUAUUAAAAAUAAAAACAGAUACUUUAUUUACAUAAGUAUUCAGACCCUUUGCUCUGAGACUCAAAAUUGCGCUCCGGAGCAUCCUGUUUCCAAUGAUCAGCCUUGGUGUUUCUACAACUUGAUUGGAGUCCACCUGUGGUCAAUUCAAUUUAUUGGACAUGAUUUGGAAAGGCUAUAUAAGGUCCCACAGUUGACAGUGCAUUUCAGAGCAAAAACCAAGACAUGAGGUUGAAGGAAUUGUCCGUAGAGCUCCGAGACAGGAUUGUGUCGAGGUACAGAUCUGGGGAAGGGUAUCAAAACAUUUCUGCAGCAUUGAAGGUCCCCAAAAACACAGUGGCCUCCAUCAUUCUCAAAUAGAAGAAGUUUGGAACCACCAAAACUCUUCCUAGAGCUGGCCGCCCGGCCAAACUGAGCAAUCGGGGGAGUAGGGCCUUGGUCAGGGAGGUGACAAAGAAACCAAUGGUCACUCUGACAGAGUUCCUAUGUGGAGAUGGGAGAACCUUCCAGAAGGACAACCAUCUCUGCAGCACUCCACCAAUCAGGCAUUUAUGGUAGAAUGGCCAGACGGAAGCCACUCCUCAGUAAAAGGCACAUGACAGCCAGCUUGGAGUUUGCCAAAAGGCACCUAAAGGACUCAGACCAUGAGAAACAAGAUUCUCUGGUCUGAUGAAACCAAGAUUGAACUCUUUGGCCUGAAUGCCAAGUGUCACGUCUGGAGGAAACCUGGCACCAUCCCUACGGUGAAGCAUGGUGGUGGCAGCAUCAUGCUGUGGGGAUGUUUUUCAGCAGCAGGGACUGGGAGACUAGUGAGGAUCGAGGGAAAGAUGAACAGAGAAAAGUACAGAGAGAUCCUUGAUGAAAACCUGCUCCAGAGCGCUCAGGACCUCAGACUGGGGCGAAGGUUCACCUUCCAACAGGACAACGACCCUAACCACACAGCCAAGACAAAGCAGGAGUGGCUUCGGGACAAGUCUCUGAAUGUCCUUGAGUGGCCCAGCCAGAGCCUGGACUUGAACCCGAUCGAACAUCUCUGGAGAGACCUGAAAUUAGCUGUGCAGCAACGCUCCCCAUCCAACGUGACCGAGCUUGAGGAUCUGCAGAGAAGAAUGGGUUGAACUCCCCAAAUACAGUUGUGCCAAGCUUGUAGCGUCAUACCCAAGAAGACUCGUUGCUGUAAUCACUGCCAAAGGUGCUUCAACAAAGUACUGAGUAAAGGGUCUGAAUACUUAUGUAAAUGUGAUAUUUCAGUUUUUAUUUUUUAUAAAUUAACAAAAAUGUCUAAACCUGAAUUGGGACUGCACUUCCAUUCCAAAGAGCUCGUGGGAUUAAGCAAAAAACGGAGGGGAGGGGGCUAAGGGGGUGGGGGUAUUGAGCUCCUCCACUUAGUUAACGUACCCCUCCUCUCUGUUACCCCUCCACUCCUCCACUUAGUUAACGUACCCCUCCUCUCUGUUACCCCACUCCUCCACUUAUUACGUACUCCUCCUCUCUGUUACCCCUCCACUCCUCCACUUAGUUAACGUACCCCUCUUCUGUUACCCCCCAUCCCCCACUUAUUUAACGUACCCCCUCUCUUUUUACCCCUCAUCCCCAUUUGUUAAGUACCCUCUCUUUUACCCCUCCACUCCCCCAUUUAUUUAACGACCCCUCCCUCUUUUCCCCCUCCACUCCCCCACUUAUUUUAACGUACCCCUUCUCUUUACCCCUCCACUCCUCCACUUUAACGACCCCUCUUUUUACCCCUCCACUCCCCCCUUUAGUUAACGUACCCUCUCUGUUCCCCUCCACUCCUCCAUUAUUAACGUACCCUCCUCUCUGUUACCCCCCCACUCCCCAUUAUUUUAACGUACCCCUCCUCUCGUUACCCCCCCAUCCUCCAUUUGUUAAGUCCCCCUCCUUCUUUUUCCCCCUCCACCCCACUAGUUAACGUAUCCUCUCUUUUCCCCCUCCACUUAUUUAAAAGUACUCCCUCUGUACCCCCCAAAACUCCCCCUUUAUUUAACGUCCCCCCUCCUCUCUGUUCCCCCCUCCACUCCUCCACUUAGUUAGCGUACCCCUCCUCUCUGUUACCCCUUCACUCCUCCACUUAGUUAGCGUACCCCUCCUCUCUGUUACCCCCACUUAGUUAGGUACCCCCUCCUCUCUGUUACCCCCCACUCCCCCAUUUAUUUUAACUACCCCUCCUCUCUGUUACCCCUUCACUCCUCCACUUAGUUAGCGUACUCCUCCUCUCUGUUACCCCUCCACUCCUCCACUUAGUUAACGUAUCCCCCCUCCUUUUUACCCCCCACUCCUCCACUUAGUUAGCGUACUCCUCUCUUUUACCCCUCAUCCUCCACUUAGUUAGCGUAUCCUCCUCUCGUUACCCCUCCACUCCUCACUUAGUUACGACCCCUCCUUCUGUUACCCCCCCAUCCCCCAAAUUAGUUAGGUACCCCCUCUCUGUUACCCCUCCACUAUCCCAUAGUUAACGUACCCUCUCCGUUUACCCUCCACUCCUCCACUAGUUAAGUCCUCCUCUCUGUUACCCCCCCAAACUCCUCCAUUAGUUAGGUAUCCUCCCUCUGUUUACCCUCCAUUUCCCCCACUUAGUUAACCGACCCUCCUCUGUUACCCUCCACUCCCUCACUUAGUUAGCGUACCCUCCUCUCUGUACCCUCACUCCUCACUUAGUUAACGUCCCUCCUCUCUGUUCCCUUAACCCCCCCCCCCACUUAUAACGUCCUCCUCCUGUUACCCUCCUCCUCCACUUAGUUACGUACCCCUCCUUUUCCCUUUUUUUUUAACCCCUCACUCCUCCACUUAGUUAGCGUACCCUCCUCUCUGUUACCCCUCCACUCCUCCUUUAGUUAACGAAACCCCUCCUCUCUUUACCCCCCCACCCUCCUCCACUUAGUUAACGUACCCCUCUCUGUUACCCCUCCACUCCUCCUUUUACGUACCCCCCUCCGCUCUGUUACCCCUCCACUCCUCUCACUUGUUAACUUACUCCUCCCUUGUUACCCACCCUCCCUUAGUUUUUAGCGUCCCCCCUCUGUUACCCAUCCACUCCUCCACUUAGUUACGCCUCCUCUCUACCCCUCCACUCCCCACUUAGUUAGCGUCCUCCUCUCUGUUACCCCUCCACUCCUCCACUUAGUUAGCGUACCCCUCCUCUCUGUUACCCCUCCCCCCUCCUCCACUUAGUUAACGUACUCCUCCUCUGUUACCCCUCCACUCCUCCACUUAGUUAACGUACUCCUCUCUGUUACCCCUCCACUCCUCCACUUAGUUAGCGUACCCCUCCUCUCUGUUACCCCUCCACUCCUCCACUUAGUUAGCGUCUCCUCUCUGUUACCCCUCCACUCCUCCACUUAGUCGUACCCCUCCUCUCUGUUACCCCUCCACUCCUCCACUUAGUUAACCCUCUCCUCUUUGUACCCCUCCACUCUAAACUUAGUUAGCGUACCCCUCCUCUCUGGUUACCCCUUCCUCUCCACUUAUUUAACGUACCCCUCCCCCUCUUGUUACCCUCCUAGUACUUGUUACCUCAUCCUUCUGGUACCCAUCCACUCCUAACUUAGGUAACGUUACCCCUCCUCUCUGUUACCCCUCCACUCCUCCACUUAGUUAACGUACUCCUCUCUGUUACCCCUCCACUCCUCCACUUAGUUAGCGUACCCCUCCUCUCUGUUACCCCUCCACUCCUCCACUUAGUUAGAGUACCCCUCUCUGUUACCCCUUCACUCUUCCACUCCGUUAACUUGGUCCUCCUCAUCACUCAGUACUUCCACCAUCUCUUAUGGCUGGAAGGAAAAAGGGGAAGAAUGGAGGAGGAGAACAUAUAAAUGUUUGUCUGGCUGCUUAUUCAGGGACGAUGGAAAGCAGGCGUGUUUAAUGGCUGUCUAGGAUGGAGAGCCGGACCAGAGAGAGAAAUACACAAUUUAACUAAAAGUUGAAUAGGACCAUUUCUCUCUACAUGAUGAUUCUGUCAUGCUUCUAUUUGUUUAGGGCAUGUGUUCUCGGUCUGAUUCUGAUUUGGAUCUGCCUGUGUCCAAAUGACACCCUAUUCCCUAUAGGUUCUGUUCAAAAAGUAGUGCACUAUGUAGGGAAUAGGGUGCAAUUUGGGAUGCACACUGAGAUACUAUUACUGAUUUAUUGUCCCCGGCCAAGAAAUACCUUACAUGUAUAUAUUGUCUUUUGAUAACGGUCUCUCGGUCCUCAUUUAUAACCUUUCAUUCACAACUCCACCAGUUGGAAAAAGGCUUGUUUUUAUUAAACCCCUGUUUAAUGAGAAGCAGAGAGAGAGUUUGCCCUUGUGGACAGAUGGUAAAGUGAACAGAAUACUUAUCACUGUUUGCGUCCCAAACGGUACCCUUCUCCCUACAUAGGCCUCUGGUCAAAGGUAGUGCGCUAUAUAGGGAAUAGGGGGCCAUAGGCCUCUGGUUAAAGGUAGUGCGCUAUAUAGGGAAUAGGGGGCCAUUUGGGACACACACUGUGUUUGAUGCCCACAUUUUGAAGGGUUGUAGAACUGUGUGGGGAGCGGAGCAGAGUUGUAGAAAUGUGUGGGGAGCAGAGUUGUAGAAAUGUGUGGGGAGCGGAGCAGAGUUGUAGAAAUGUGUGGGGAGCAGAGUUGUAGAAAUGUGUGGGGAGCGGAGCAGAGUUGUAGAAAUGUGUGGAGUGGGGAGCGGAGUAAAGGCCUUGAAGGUUUUAAUUUGGGAUUGAUUAUGUGAUGUAGCUUAAUGGAUCUGAGUUUCCAAAGUUUACAUUCUGGCCGGCUGAAUGGAUCGGUCCUGCCAGACUCUUCAAGGCUUGUCACUCUAACAGCCAGCUGUAGGAUACGUCCCAAAUGGCACCCUAUUCCCUAUAUGGUGCACUACUUUAGACCAGAGCCCUAUGACACCCUAUUCCCUAUAUAGUGCACUACUUUAGACCAGAGCCCUAUGACACCCUAUUCCCUAUAUAGUGCACUACUUUAGACCAGAGCCCUAUGACACCCUAUUCCCUAUACAGUGCACUACUUUUGAUGACUACGACUCUAUGGGCUCUGGUCAAAGGUAGUUCACUGUAUAUGGAAUAUGUAGCCGUUAGAGAUGCAGCCAGAAUGCUUAAAUGGUGACGGGUGUUCCUCUCGCUUCAGUCCUCCAUGGGGGUAUUUAUUUAUUUAUUUUUUCUUACUAAUUUGCGUGGUUCCUUCCUCUUUUGAUCACAGCCAUUUUCCCUCCAUCUUAUUGUAAGCAUUUGAAAUGGUUAGAGGUGAUGUCUGUCUGGCCAUAUGGCUGUGUAUGGAGUCUUUUAAUGUGGAAAGCUAAGCGUUGUUUACCAAAGGUGUUAACGCUGCGGACGGUUUAGAACUGCCGCCAUGUUUAUGUCUUGAUAUCCAGGAACAUUUUGGAGAGACUCACUCACCAGCCUUUUGUUGUCAUUAUUCAGUGAACGUUACACUAUAAAUGUGAUCUGGGCACGAUGAUAACCAAUGUGGAGUUGAUUGUUGAUCGAUGUUGUAUAGAGGCUAAAUGCUGAUGCUUGUACGCAGGUUGACGUUUAUUGUCAUGAAUCUUGCUCUGGAGGCAGAACUGAGCAAUGGGGCAGCUGCAAAGUCAAAAUUGGCUACAGUAUAUUGUAAGAACUUGUUUAAAAAAAAGCAACAUACAAAAUAUUAAGGUUUGUCUUAGGCAUUAGAGUUAGCAGUGUGGUUAGGGUUAGGUUUCAAAUCAGAUUGUAUGACUUUGUGGCUGUGCCAACUAGUGACCACUGCAGAGCUGCCUCCAGGGCAAGAUUCAUGACAAUAAAUGCCAACCUGCUGCUUGCAUAGGCUACAUGCUGAUGUAUGCAUGUACAGUGAGUUGGUCUUAGAAUAAGUUCCCAGCGCAAAUAUUACUGAUCAUUUUAAAACCCACACUGUGCAAUUUUGUAUGGUUAAUUUGGUUAACAUGAGACUGUCAGUCAGAGGGGCCCAGCAGUCCUAGGAGCCCUGGGAAAAUUGGCCCUUAGACAUUGUUUCUCAACCCCAAAUGUUCCAUAAUUUAGGCGUCAACCACAUCAUCAGUUAUGUUACAGCAGUACAGUAAGUGGGCGGCAGGUUGCCUAGCGUUUAGGAGCGUUGGGCCAGUAACCCGAAAGGUCGCUGGAUCGAAUCCCCAAGCCGACUUGGUGAGAUCUGUCUAUGUGCCCUUGAGCAAGGCACUUAACCCUGAUUGCUCUUGUAAGUGGCUGUGGAUAAGAGCGCCUGCUCUAGAGGAAAUGUUUUAGACUGGGGCUGUGGAUAAGAGCGCCUGCUCUAGAGGAAAUGUUUUAGACUGGGGCUGUGGAUAAGAGCGCCUGCUCUAGAGGAAAUGUUUUAGACUGGGGCUGUGGAUAAGAGCGCCUGCUCUAGAGGAAAUGUUUUAGACUGGGGCUGUGGAUAAGAGCGCCUGCUCUAGAGGAAAUGUUUUAGACUGGGGCUGUGGAUAAGAGCGCCUGCUCUAGAGGAAAUGGUUUAGACUGUGGCUUUUGUCUUUUCUUGGUUUGUUUUCCUCAAGGCACCACCAGUUUAGGAGACGAUUUUCCUAGUUUGCCAUGUAAACAAGGGUCUGAUUCCCUGUGCCAGAAUAACAUACUAAAGUACUACUACUACUACUACUACUACUACUACACUACUACUACUAUUGCUAUUGCACUACUACUACUGAAGUACUACUACUACUGAAGUACUACUGCAGUACUACUACACUACUGCUACUACUGAAGUACUACUAUUACUACUACUUCUACUGAAGUACUACUACCACUGAAGUACUACUGCAGUACUACUGCUACUACUGAAGUACUACUACUACUGAAGUACUACUGCAGUACUACUACACUACUACUGAAGUACUACUACUACUGAAGUACUACUACCACUGAAGUACUACUGCAGUACUACUACUACACUACUGAAGUACUACUAUUACUACUACGACUGAAGUACUACUACUAUUACUAUUGCACUACUACUACUGAUGUACUACUACUACUGAAGUACUACUGCAGUACUACUACACUACUGCUACUACUGAAGUACUACUAUUACUACUACUUCUACUGAAGUACUACUACCACUGAAGUACUACUGCAGUACUACUGCUACUACUGAAGUACUACUACUACUACUGAAGUACUACUGCAGUACUACUACACUACUACUGAAGUACUACUACUACUGAAGUACUACUACCACUGAAGUACUACUGCAGUACUACUACUACACUACUGAAGUACUACUAUUACUACUACGACUGAAGUACUACUACUACUACUACUAUUGCACUACUACUGAAGUACUACUGCAGUACUACUACUACACUACUACUGUACUGCUGAAGUACUACUACUACCUGAAGUACUACUGCAGUACUACUACACUACUACUGUACUACUACUGAAGUUCUACUACUAUUGUACUACUGAAUUACUACUACUACUGAAGUAUUACUACUACUGUACUACUACUGUUGUACUAAUACUGAAGUACUACUACUGAAGUACUACUGCUAUGAAUGCUGAACACAUUUGUCGUAUGUGGUCUUUGAAAUCAGUGCUCUGAAUUCUUGGAAAUUAGAAUAUGUGAUGAGCACAUAUUUGAAUCUCUAAAUUGAGUGGUGUCUAAUCAGUUGAAUGUAAAUUGUGAUGUAUGUGGUCUGUCAUGUGUUCUAAUGAUUCUGUCCUGAUGUUGUCUUUUCAGAGAGCACAACAGGAUGAGAUGGAGAAGAUCGAUAAGCACAUCAAGUCAUCUAAGGACAAGGACAACGCCAAACCACUGGACAAGCCUGAGCAGUAGGUGUUCUAGAGAAUGGCAAUCAACCAAUCAUGUUCAACAAGUAGAGUCAAUCAACCAAUCAUGUUCAACAAGUAGAACGUGACUAAAAACGUAGAUUUCACUACAUGAAACGGUAGCCUCCACUACAUGAAACGGUAGCCUCCACUACAUGAAACGGUAGCCUCAAACCCAUCCCUCGAUCUCUCGUCUCCUCUAUCCCAGGUUCCUGUCCCAGUUACAUCAGAUCCCCAACUUCUCAGGCCGGGUGUUCUGUAUCCUGUUUCAGUCCACCUUCUCUGAAUGGAUCUCCUCUAUCCUGCGCAAACUGGAGAUCCUGCAGAGAGUGUGCACGGUGAGUCUUUGUGUGCACGUGGGUGUGUGUGACGUGUUUGUGUGUAUGUGGGUGUGUGUGACGUGUUUGUGUGCAGGUUUUGGCCUCUGGACCGUUUUACCAGACACUAUCAUAUUACUGAGUAAAUAUUGUCUCAAUCCUUCCACUGUGGAAAUUGUUUAAACAGGAACAUCAGCAUAGAUUGAUAUUAACAGCCGUUCUGGAUAAAGUGUGUUCAGAAAACAGUUUUCAAUAUGAAGCCAGGUGAAUGUGAAUGCUUGCUCAUAUUCAUCCCCUCAGCCUCAUAUACACUGACUCUCUCGGUCUCCCCCCCCCUCUCUCUAUGUCUCUGUCUCAAUCUCUCCUGUCUGCCCCACCCCCGUCUCUGUCUCAAUCUCUCCUGCCUGCGUCCCCCCCCCCCCCCCCCGUCCCGGUCUCAAUCUCUCCUGCCUGUCCCUUUGUUUCCCUGUCUAUAUGCAUGUCCGCCUGCCCAUCUCUUCCUCUCCAGACCCUGCAGAGUGGCCAGUGUGUGAUGCAGGUGCUGGGUCUGGUCCUGGCCUUCGGUAACUUCAUGAAUGGUGGCAACCGAACCAGAGGACAGGCUGACGGCUUUAACCUGGAUAUCCUGCCCAAGCUGAAGGAUGUCAAGAGCAGCGUGAGUGGCUGGAAGAGGCACUGCUAGGGCACUAGGACUGCACCCUAUUCCCUAUGUAGAGUCCAUCUGGUCAACUGUAGUGCACUAAAUAGGCAAUAGGAUGCCAUUAGUUAUACCUGGUUAGACAUGGUUCAUAUUGUGCUGUAAGACUGUAGUUUACUGGUCCAUUAGUUAUACCUCCUAGUUACACUGUCAGACAUGGUUCAUACUGUGCUGUGAGACUGUAGUUUACUGUUCCUACCAUAUCUUAUGAUGAUAUAAAUGUGGGUUAAAAUAUAUAUAUACAUUUUGUAAAAGCUUUGCAGAACUCUUUUGUGAGAAAGUGUGGUGAGCCUAACAUGAAUUCCGUGGCUGAACCGAAGCUAAUUUCUUCUGUCUCCCUCCUUUUUGCAGGAUAACACACGGAGUCUGCUGUCCUACAUAGUAGCUUACUAUCUGAGACACUUUGACCAGGUGGGUUGGAUCCUGUUUAUCUGAGUCCUGUUCCAAUGUUCAGACUAGGCAGGCUCUUUCUUCUGUCUUGGCACGGGGGGCAGACCAGGGCUUGACUUUUAAAGUGUAUACAUUUUUCCCUCAGUGGUAACUAAUGCCCAGGAAGAUGUUGAGCUAUAUGAAGCCCAUUUGUAAAUAAGGUGUUUAGCUAUUAGGUUCUGAUUUAGUCACAUGCACAUUGUCCCAGAUGUAGUUGCAGUGUACAGUGAAAUACUUCAGCUCUGAGCUCCAACAGUGCAGGUGUGAAUGAAACAAUAAAUACAAAAAUACAGUACCAGUCAAAAGUUUGGACACACCUACUCAUUCAAGGGUUUUUCUUUAUUUGUACUAUUUUCUACAUUGUAGCAUAAUAGUGAAGACAUCAAAACUAUUAAAUAACACAUUUUGGUUGAGGUCGGGGGAUUGUGGAGGUCAGGUCAUCUGAUGCAGCACUCCAUCACUCUCCUUCUUGGUAAAAUAGCCCUUACACAGCCUGGAGGUGUGUUGGGUCAUUGUCCUGUUGAAAAACAAAUGAUAGUCCUACUAAGCCCAAACCAGAUGGGAUGGCGUAUCGCUGCAGAAUGCUGUGGUAGCCAUGCUGGUUAAGUGUCACAGUGUGUCACCAGCAAAGCCCCCCCACACCAUAACACCUCCUCCUCCAUGCUUUACGGUGGGAAAUACACAUGCGGAGAUCAUCCGUUCACCCACAUCGCCUCUCACAAAGACACGGCGGUUGGAACCAAAAAUCUCCAACCACCUUGUCACAACACAACUGAUUGGCUCAAACGCAUUGAGGAAAGAAAUUCCACAAAUUAACUUUUAAGAAGGCACACCUGUUAAUUGAAAUGCAUUUCAGGUGACUACCUCAUGAAGCUGGUUGAGAGAAUGCCAAGACUGUGCAAAGCUGUCAUCAAGGCAAAGGGUGGCUAUUUGAAGAAUCUCAAAUAUAAAAUAUAUUUUGAUUUGUUUAACACGUUUUUGGUUACUACAUGUUUCCAUAUGUGUUAUUUCAUAGUUUUGAUGUCUUUACUAUUAUUCUACAAUGUAGAAAAUAGUAAAAAAUUAAGAAUAACCCUUGAAUGAGUAGGUGUUCUAAAGCCUUUUGGCCGGUAGUGUGUAUAUAUCUAGAUAUAGAGAUAUAUAUCUAUAUUGUAUAUACAUGUUUACAACUGUGACAAUGAUAAAUAUAAGAUACAUGUAUUUUGGGGUGGGAGCAGGGUAGAUGUCUAUUGGAGGGGGAGAAGAAUGUCCAAAUGUGGAGCAGCAGGGUGGUAGCUAUUCAGCAGCCUGGUGGUCUGCUAACCCUGUUACGACCCUAACCCUAACCCUGUUACGACCCUAACCCUAACCCUGUUACGACCCUAACCCUAACCCUGUUACGACCCUAACCCACUCUACAGGAGCUAACCCUGUUACGACCCUAACCCUAACCCUGUUACGACCCUAACCCUAACCCUGUUACGACCCUAACCCACUCUACAGGAGCUAACCCUGUUACGACCCUAACCCUAACACGACCCUAACCCUAACCCUGUUACGACCCUAACCCACUCUAUAGGAGCUAACCCUGUUACGACCCUAACCCUAACCCUGUUACGACCCUAACCCUAACCCUGUUACGACCCUAACCCUGUUACGACCCUAACCCUGUUACGACCCUAACCCUAACCCUGUUACAACCCUAACCCACUCUACAGGAGCUAACCCUGUUACGACCCUAACCCUAACCCUGUUACGACCCUAACCCUAACCCUGUUACGACCCUAACCCACUCUACAGGCACUAACCCUGUUACGACCCUAACCCUGUUACGACCCUAACCCUGUUACGACCCUAACCCACUCUACAGGCGCUAACUCUUUCUUGUCCUGUCUAACUGACUAAUCUCGGUGGCCCUUGGUGCUCUCAGGCCUGUGCUUUAGGGUCACGUCAGGGUCAUGUCAGGGUCAGACUGGUCUCUAAGGUGAUGUGUUGUGUUUUCAGGACGCAGGCAGGGAGACAUGCCUCUACCCUCUCCCUGAGCCCCAGGACCUGUUCCAGGCUUCCCAGAUG